AUGAUGAAACAGCCAGAGGAAGAGGAGGAAGAGGCUUCGGUCUUAGUUGUGUGGGAGGGGGCAGCAACAACAGCAGUCAUCCGCUGCAUUCUGAUUCAUGCCAAGGAGGACAAGGAGCAGUGGGGCCUCUUGGAGAAAUCGUUCUCCGGAACAGCUGGUCAGAAAGGUCCUGACCACCAUCUUGAGGCCUACCUCAACGAGCGGCUCUACAACAAAAGCAAGGAAGACGAGCCCGUAAAGGAGCGCACUCGCGAGGAGCGGCUCUAUGAGGUUCCGGCACAACUCCAGGUCCCGGAUGCCUCCGAAGGGCAGGCCGACAAGAUGAGUUGGGUUGCAGGCCUUGCAGAGGUAGCGCUACCCGUGGAGUACAAGCUCAAGAAUAUUGAGGCCACGGAGAAGGCCAAGCGCGAGUACCUGUAUGGCGAGCAAGCGAACGCCAAGCCGGGAGCAGUCAUCGAGACAGAUGCCGUCACCAGGAAGGCCUUCGGAUCCAGGUUUAUGAAUGUCGACAAGCGAGAUGACUCCAAGAGCGCAACUGACGAUGCCGCGCUGGAGCGUUUCCGCAAGCGAUUCCGCCCUGGAACUCAGUCAAUGCUCCAAUGA